UAUUUUCAGUUUCUUAAUUCAGUUAACCGUGGUUGGGUUAAAUUGUGGUAACAAACUUGCAAGAUCCAGUAUACACCAAGUUGGACUUAGACGAUUUACAGCAGAUUACACCUGAACAGUUGAACAUUGACCUAUACAAACAACUACGGUUUGAUGUAUCUCUCACUAUUUUUGGUAACUGUCGGUUGAUUUGUUUUCACAUCUAUUGAAAUUAACAGCUUCUUAAAAUAGAGCAUAGAGCUGGCUGAUCACACUUCAAAAAUAAAAACAACAACUAUAUAUAAAGUAUUACCCAAUAUGAACACAAAUAUUUAACCAUUCCAAUUUCUAAUAAAAAUAGUAAGCCAAAAAAAACUCAAAGGUGUGGUGGGAAAGGAAAAGCCAAAGAAAACAAAUGUAAAUUAGUUGAUUAAAAUCUUUUUUUCUCGAAUAGCAAGACAAAACCAUUCAACAAAAACGCUGUCGUAUCUUAGUGGACGUCUCCGUCGUAAAUGGCCAUGGGGGAGCCAAAGCCAAGGGUAAGCGGUGCUUCUUCCUCCACGGACUCAUAUUCAACCCCUUCAGCGUCACCGACACCAACUCCAGCUCCACGUCAGCCCGUCACGUUACUCGAACCAUCUCACCAACACAAGAAAAAAGGCAAGAAAGUCUUCCGUGUCUUCCGCUCCGUGUUCCGUUCUUUUCCCAUCAUCACGCCGGCGGCUUGUAAAAUCCCGGUCCUUCCGGGAGGUAGCUUACCCGACCAGCACCGAAGCGGGUCAAGCGGGUCAAGAGUCUCCGGGACCUUGUUCGGAUACCGUAAAGGCCGUGUAAGCCUCUCAAUUCAAGAAAACUCUAAAUGUUUUCCAUCUCUCGUCGUCGAGCUAGCAAUGCAAACAAUGGUGCUACAAAAGGAGCUGAGCGGAGGAAUGGUUCGGAUCGCUUUAGAGACGGAGAAACGAGCUGAUAAAGAGAAGGUUAAGAUAAUGGACGAACCAUUAUGGACAAUGUAUUGUAACGGUAAGAAAACGGGGUACGGUGUGAAACGUGACGCGACGGAGGAGGAUCUUAACGUGAUGGAGUUGUUAAGACCGGUUUCGAUGGGUGCUGGUGUUUUGCCUGGGAACUCGGAGGCUGAAGGACCUGACUCGGAGAUGGCUUACAUGAGGGCUUACUUUGAGCGUGUCGUUGGGUCUAAAGAUUCAGAGACGUUUUAUAUGCUGAGUCCCGAAGGGAAUAAUGGACCAGAGCUUAGUAUCUUCUUCGUAAGAGUUUGAUUUGAUGUAAUGGUCGGAGACAAUAUAUGGGUACGUUCUUGAUUGUAUAUGGAUGGAGAAGGUGGCCGGAACGAAGAUAGAUCUUGGUUUGUGGAUUGAAAUGUGAUUAUCUAAUCAUGAUGAUAUGUCUAUGGGUGCAUAUGGGACGUAUUCUUUAGGAAUGUGAUGUAUUCUUUAGGAUGAAUUAUAUGAAACUAUUUCAGGCAGACGUCAAAGAAUGGAAACAGCAACAAUAAAGCAAAUACGGUCAACAGGAGUAAUCUUCUUGCAAAAUCAUCGAGUCCGUUGGAAUCGACCUCGGCCAGGCCAUUUAAACUCCAAUUACGAUGCAGGUUAAGAUUCAACAACGAAUAAGGUUUUUGGUGGAUGGACUAUUCGGGAUCAUCAUGGUGUAUAAAACUUUCAAUUGGUCCGUCCAUUUGAACUGUCGACACGGACUAUUACCUUUUAGGUUACAAUUAGUCGGUACGUAAUAGACAUCGGUCCAAAAAAUGUCUGAAUUACUUAUAGGCAGGUCAAUGGACGUCCAAUAGUAUCAAUACUUAUUUCUUAAUUAUUAUAGUUUUGUGCUAAGAUAAUUAUGUUUUCCAGUGAAACUGUAAAAUUAUAUGUUCUCUCAAAAAAACAUAAAAUUAUGUUUUCUUG